AGGAGUGUAUUUAUUUACACAGUCAGUAACAGGUUACCUUUAUCAGAAGAGGAAUAUCUAAUGGCUACUGGUAUCUACUGGUGUCUUGUAUUGACUGAAUGUCUGAGUCUUGUUGCAUCCAUGGCAUCAGUGGUUCAAUUCGCUCAAACGGCACCAGAUUAUUCCAUUGUAUGUCCUGGUGACAGAUUAGUACUUACUUGUAUAGUGGCUGAAACUGGAGGAGCUGUUGUUUGGCAAGGAGAUGGAAUACAGAGAUUGCUACUGACAAGUGGCCCAAUGAAUGGGACACUUAAUAGCUUCUUUGUAAAUAUUAAUGAAUCAAACAGUACAACAUUGAUAAGCACAGCUAUUGAUAAUAAUGUUUCAGUUACACUAGAUGGAGCUAAUAUUGUCUGUCUAGCAGAUGGAGCCAAUGCCAAACAAUUUACAAUUGAUGUUGCAGAUGCACCAGUUUCAGUUAAUAAUGUAUCAGUGAAUGAUUCUACUAUACCAGUUCCUCCUAUUCAGCAUUACAUUAUUAAUGUAUACAGUGCAUCAAACAGUAUCAUAUUCAACAGCAAUACAGCUAACACUAAUAUUACUAUUACUGGACUACCUCUUACUGAUACAAACUACACUAUUACUAUCAUUCCUGUUAAUGUUAUUGGAUAUGGACCAUCAGCUACUGUUAAUGGUACAAUAUAUUAUAACAGCAAUUGUCAUUGA